AUGUCAUCUACUAUGCAUGUUGUCGCUCUUAUAGAUAAAAAAUCGCGACAAAAUGGUGUGGAGUAUGGAAUUGGACGUUAUAGAUAUGAAGAGAACCAAUUCGGAACCAUUCGUUAUAAAAUAUUACCAAGUGCAAGACAAACAAAAUAUUGUCUUCCAUUCUCUGAAGGUGAUGUUGUCACGAUGGUGGGAAAAUUUUCUUAUGAAAUUGCUGAAAAAAUUGAAUGUUUCACGAUCAACGUAUCGGUUGCAACGCCGUUUAUGAAACCAUCAUCAGGGUGUUGGGAAUCAGAAGAAAUACCAUUAUCUUCACCGUAUUUGAGUUUUAAUACUCAACCUAUUCCUGGUUCUUUACGUCAACUAGAAAAUUCACAAUUUGUUAGAACAAAAUCAACUCUUGAUAGUCAUUAUUCUCGUCGUUCAAUCGAUCAAAGAUUUCGUAUUGGUUAUCAAAUUGAUAAUGAUAAAUGGGAUAAUAUGGCUUUAAAUUGGGAAUUAUAUUCACAACUUUUUAUUUCGGGAUUUUUUCUUCAUGCUGAUAACGGUGAAUUAUAUAUUGAAGCUACUGAACUUGAUGUUGAUCAAUCAACAAGAAAAAUUGGAAAACCUUCAAUAACUGGUUCUACAAAUUCUUCGGUUAUAGGUGUUAGUUCUUUAGCAAAAAAUUUUUCUAGAUUAAUGGAAAUGGAAAAAAUUCCCGCUUUUAAUUAUUCAAAUGUUUUACCAUCAAGAACUUCCGAACAUUCUUUUGUUAAACCUUCUCAUAGAAGUCCUCCUGUAAAUGCCAUACAAAUUAAUCAAAAUCAACAAGAUCCAAAUAAUAAAGAUUCUUUAGAACAAGAUUUUUUUAAGGGUAUACAAGCUUAUCAUCAAAUAAUGCAACGUAUGUCUACUCAAGGUCCUCCAAAUCCUUCUUCUCAUCCUGUCGUUUCAAAUGUUACUGGUGGUUCGGAUCCUCCUUCGGCUGAACAAAUAGCCGAAUUAAUUUCUGAUCAAGGUACGCGUCACGAUAAAGCUGGUACUUACUUGAGGAAUAAUUCAAAAAAUAAUCAUCCUCUUACAAAGCAGAUUCCAAAUAUUUCUGUAUGGCAACUUCCUCAACAUGCUCAACAAGAUAUUCAUCAAUAUAAUAAUCAAUUACAUGAUAUUCGUCAUCAACAACAUGAUUCGACUCAAAGACCACAUUUAACAAAAUCUUCUCAUAUUUCUUCUUCUCAUCAAAAUGAUCGUGAAAAAACUCCUUUACCACCAUUACCGCAACAACAAUCUGAUAUGUCAAUGAUUUCAAUGGUACCACCAAGACCUGAAUCGGAAUCAGGUGAAUCACAACAAGCUUCAUCCGAUACUAUUGAUUCUUCUAAUAAGAAAAAAUCUUCAAGUAGAAAAAAAUCUCCAAAUUCCGAUAAAUCAAAAUCACUUAGAUCUGUUACAAGAGCUACUUUAGGUAAUAGAUUUAUAGUUUAUGAACCAAAAGUUGGUCAAGAUGAUGAAUUUAUUGGAAAUGUUAAUGAUUUAAAUAGUGGUGAUGAGGUAGAAAAAGUAAGAGUGGUGAUUUUAUCCGAUAAUGAAAGUAAUGGAACUGCUAAUGAUGUUGUAAUGACUGGCGUAGAACCAAGUGAAGUAGAAUCGGCGGAAAUGGAACAAACACCAACACAAAAGGUUGAAGAGGCUAAGAAUGAAAAUGAGUAG